UCCACAAUUAACCAAAACGUAGAUCCUUCACUGAUCCUCUACCUUGUUAAUUUCCCUUAAUCCAUCAUCCUUCACAUGAUUUAACAAUUUCCCAUCGUUAACUACAUCAUAUCUUUCAGAAACCUUGCACCAUGGCAUCUCCUGGCCAUAAUCUCCUCAUAUUACUUCUUUUCUUCAUAUCCUUUCCAUGUUCGAAGUCCAGACUCUCCGUCGACUACUACAACAAAACAUGCCCACAAUUCGCUUCUAUCAUGGAACAGAUCGUCUCGGACAAGCAAAUUGCUAGCCCCACCACUGCUGCCGGCGUUCUUCGCCUCUUCUUCCACGACUGCAUGGUGGAAGGCUGUGAUGGCUCCUUGCUCAUCACCUCCACAUCCUUCAACAAAGCUGAACGUGAUGCUGACAUCGACCAGUCCAUCCCUGGAGAUGCCUAUGACCUUGUCACUCGUGUGAAGACUGCCCUCGAGCUCCAGUGCCCCGGCAUUGUCUCUUGUGCUGACAUUCUAGCCACCGCUGCACGCAACCUUGUCACAAUGGUGGGAGGUCCUUACUACAAUGUGCGUCUAGGACGCAAAGAUGGCCUGGUAUCCAACGCCUCUCUUGUACAAGGCAAUAUUGCUCAACCAACCAUGCCAUUGACAGAUAUCAUCUCCCUUUUUCAUUCCAAAGGGUUUUCAGUGCAAGAAAUGGUGGCUUUGGUCGGUGCUCAUACGAUAGGGUUUUCCCAUUGCAAAGAAUUUAGUCACAGGCUUUUUAACUUCAGCAAGACUUCAGAGACUGACCCUGCAUACUACCCCAUAUAUGCAGAAGGGCUAAGGAAAUUAUGCGCAAAUUACACUAAGGACCCAACUAUGAGUGCUUAUAAUGACGUGAUGACACCAGGGAAAUUCGACAAUAUGUACUAUAAAAAUCUGCAAAGGGGAUUAGGGUUGCUGUCAACAGAUCAAGCCCUUUCUGUGGAUAGGAGGACCAAGCCCUUCGUAGACUUGUAUGCUGCAAAUGAGACCGCAUUCUUUGAAGCUUUUGCACAUGUAAUGGAGAAAGUUGGCAUUUAUAAGAUCAAGACAGGGAAGAAAGGAGAGGUGAGGCACAGGUGCGACCAGUUCAACGAUGCCAAGAUUAACUAGAAAUGGUAAUCGUUUCCGGCUUUAGUUUGAAGAGAAGGGUCCAUGAUUGUGAUUAGGGAAGUCUUUCUGUUGUUUCUAUUAUUUCACUAGAGAUACAUCCUUCUUUUUUUCCUCUCU